AUGGCGAGUGGCGACUCAUCGAUCCGGCCAACCAUAAGAGAAGUUUCGGCUUGUGAAAGCCUUCGAAAGGCUACUCACAAGAACUCAUUGGUAGAUAAUAAUAUCCCUCAACCCGACUCGUCCUCCUCAUCAAUUCGGCCAAGCAUAAGAAGAGUUUUUGUCGGUAAAACCCUACAAAAGACUACUCACAAGAACUCAUUGGUAGAUGAUAGUACCCGGCCUCAACUCGACUCGUCCUCCUCAUCAUCAAUUCGACCAAGCAUAAGAAGAGUUUCUGCCGGUGAAAGUCUCCGAACUACUCACAAGGAUUCGUUGAUCCUCGAAGAAGAUAAUAAUGUUCGAGGAAAACAACAUCCUUUUCCUUCUAACCCUAACUCAUCAUCUUCAUCAUCAAUUCGGCCAAGCAUACGAAGAGUUUCGUUAUCAUCAUCAUCAUCAUCUCAUUCCAAACAUAACUCUUCACUUUCUUCUCAUCAUCAUUCAUUGCCAGGAAAAGAAAGGCACAUAAGAGAAAAUUUGGUGGACAUAAAAAUAGCCGGAUAUAGUUUAUUGCGCAUAGAUAAACAUUAG